CAUUAAUGAGACGUCUCCUUCCCUUUUAUUGGCACUGUAUAUAACAGAGCGUGUUCCUUGAAGGUUCUCAUGCUCAUGUGACUCUUUCAAAUCUCUUUCAACCUGUCUUUCCUCCCUUCGUCUCAGUUCCUUCCCAGGCUUCGGCCUCCAAUACCGCACAUCGCUUCGCAAUGCUGUCGCGGUAACAAUUCCGUGGGCCGGGUGGCCUCUUAUCAGUCGGGAAAAGCGCUGAGGAGUUGGUGGGAUUCGGAAAAUGCGGAACUCCAGGCGAAGAACGGCGCCAAAGCUCAGGAGGACGCUACUAGGAGUGCAAGCCAAACUAUGGACAACGGCGGACGAAAGGAAAAUGGCUUGUCCAGAUCCCCGUACACAGAGCGAAACCUUCGGACCGCACUGCAGUUCUAUCGUCGGCAACGUGUCGUUGAUCGCCGCAUUCACGUCUUGGGCAUGGGAAGUUUGGGACUCUUCGUCGCGCAUUCGUUGCGCAAGUUGCCGAACCCACCCCCAGUUACGCUCAUGUUCCAUGCAUGGCAGACGUUGGACACCUGGAAUCAAUCGAGCAGGACUAUAAAGUUGGUCACAGAUGAUACGGCAGAGAGGACUGAGGGUUUUGAUGCAGAAUUGUCCUACUUACGUAGACGAUUUCAUGGGAAAGAGAUUGAGGAAGAAAUCUACAGUAAUGAGGCAGAGUCCACGGAGCCGAUCAGUUCGCUUAUUGUCUGUACAAAAACACAGAUGGUUCUUCAGGCCUUGUCUCGGGUUAAGCAUCGUUUACACAAGGAGUCCGUGAUACUCUUCUUGCAAAAUGGCAUGGGAACAAUCGAGGAGGUCAACAGAGAGAUCUUCCCCGAUCCAGAGACAAGACCACGGUAUAUGCUAGGCACGAACACGCACCACACGUCACUGCACCCGGAUGAGCCGUUUGUAUCUCUAUAUAAGGGAUACGGCACUUUGGCCGUAGCCAUACUCCCCAGCGAACGAGAUGGCGGUACCGGUCCUUACACGUCGAUGCCUAGAUUUGGCCCAGCAAGUAGGAUGCCUCUGGCAAUGCAAUACCCAGAAGAGCCCGACUUAGAGGCCGGUGCGCCUCAACAGCCCGGCUUUCAUUGGACGCCCAACCACCGAUAUCUCUUGAGAACUCUCCUCCGCUCAACGUUACUUUCCGCCACAGGGUUUUCACCUCCGGAUCUGUUGCAGAUGCAGCUGGAAAGACUGGCAAUCAACAGCAUUAUUGGGCCCCUUACCGUUAUGCUGGAUGCUCGCAACGGCUCUAUCCUUUACAACUACUCGCUUACACGGACGAUGCGCCUGCUUUUGGCUGAGAUUAGCCUCGUCAUUCGGUCACUUCCCGAACUUCGAUAUAUACCUAAUAUUCCUCAACGAUUCGACCCUGGUCGGCUCGAAACGUUGGUCGUUGGCGUGGCGAACAGGACGAAAGACGAGAUAAGCAUGAUGCUCCGGGAUGUAAGAAGGGGCCGCUUGACGGAAGUUGAGUAUCUCAACGGAUGGAUCGUCAAGAAGGGAGAGGAGCUGGGAGUAAGGUGCUUCAUGAAUUACAUGAUGGUCAACCUUGUCAAGGGCAAGGCGAACAUGAUACAGAUGGAGAUGAACGAAGAGGUUCCAUUAUUGCCUGCAAAGGCUGCCGAGGGGCCGAUAGUGCUGAAGGGUGAGGCCCAGGAAGCAUCGUCGAGAGACCCUCUGGAAGAUGAUGAUUGAGAUAUCCCAGUCACUUUUUGGGGCAUUGUAUUAUAUUGCAGCAUUGCAGCUGCUUCGUCGACUGUACAUAUUCAGAGAGUGACAUUGCUAUACAUAAGAAGUUCCAUUUCAAUAAAC